ACUUCCAUCGACAAGCAUAUAAGGUAACCUUUUCCUAUUACAAGACAGCUUAACUAUUAGACACAUCCCAUACUGUUACAACAACGCCCUCGACUUGCUGACAUCGGAAAUACGUCGUAUAACUGAUCUUUCCAGACGAUAUUUGGACCUCAACUGUGGCAAGGAUUGGCAUCAAUUGCAUCGACUCGUUGCCAAGAACUUCAGCGUCGUUUGGUAAAACAUAGUUUCAGAUAUAGGGCACUAUCCCGGUAAUUCUAAAUAUAGCUACGGGUGGUAUGCAUGCACAUUGUAUAUAUAGAACUUGGCCACACUCACAGCCUCAACAACUACUUCCUACGAGCGAAAGGGCCCCAAACCACCUAACCUUGACCUUCUAAACGGGGCCGGGGCAUCUUCAAACCAAACCGUACACAGACUAAGAUGAAUUUAUCCCUCAAAUAUCUCUUCAACACGUCCUUGGUGAUAUUCCCAAUAUGUUUGGGCACCAUACUAGUUGUUCAUUUCACAGACAAAACGUUUAAACAAAACAGGCAUUCAAUGAUUCUUAAAGUUGACUUUGUCCCAAACAAAAGCAAUAUUGUACCCCAAAAUCAUGAACAAACCCUUCCAACCUGUAGUCAAGAUCCAAAAGAUGACUCCCUUGUCAAUCCCUUCUCCAAGUUUUAUUCUGUUUGGUACGAUCCACCUACUGAAAAGACAUUGACCAAAAGAGAACAGAUAAAAAUUGUGUUCUGGACAAAACCACAACUACAGAACAGAAGACACACAAGAUGUCUACGUAUGACCAACUGCAUCUUUUCUCGAUACCGUGACGACAUCCACGACGCCGAUGCGGUUCUUUUUGAAGUGAGCGACUUGCCGAAGGAUUAUAACUCCUCCACGAUGCCAACAGUUCGUUACCCUCACCAGCAUUGGAUAUGGUACAGCACAGAGUGUCCAAACUACCCGAAUAUAAACUUUGAAACAUACAGGAGUGUUUUUAACUGGACCAUAACCUACCGAGCAGAUUCGGACUCUUCGGGUGCGUGGGGUUCGUUAUAUAGGACGUACCAGAGGCUCAAAGGUGAAGGUGUUGAUCCAAACAAAGACUACACGAAAGGGAGAAAGAAACUUGCGGUCUGGUUCAUAAUGAAAUGCAACACACAAGCAAGCCGCAUCACCUAUGCUGCCGAACUCGCCAAACAUAUCUCUAUAGAUGUCUAUGGCAGAUGUGGAAUUGACGACGUCUGCGCGAAACGGAAAUAUAAAUGUAUGAAUGGCAUCAUUAGACAAUACAAGUUCUAUUUAGCCUUUGAGAACAUGAAAUGUAAGGAGUACAUCACCGAGAAGUUGUGGAGGAAUGCUCUGGAAAACGACGUCGUUCCGGUUGUUUUGGGAGCCAACAGAUCCGACUACGAGAGACUGGCACCACCGCACUCUUAUAUACACGUGGACGACUUCACGUCACCCAAGGAACUAGCUAAUUACUUAAAGAUGCUUGAUCAAGAUAAAGAUAGAUAUAACGCCUACUUAAAGUGGAAGGCUACUCCUCCUAAGAACAUGCCCUUAGAUGAAGGCAGGUGGUGUAAUCUGUGUAGAGAGCUUCUUGAGAGAUGUCCAACUAAAAGGAAAGUUUACACAGACUUGAGGACUUGGUUUGAAGGCGAGAACCUUUCUAUGUGUGACCCCAAGGAAAAUGUAAAAUAUCAGGAACUUCGGUUUGUUGAAAACCACUUUGAACCUGUUACAUAUAAUGACUGACUCUUUAUACACGCCACUGUCGUGGUCCUGUCUAUAUCUUAGUAAAUCACUCAAGCUAUACCCAGCUAGCUAGAUACGAAGCUUGACUCUUUCAUUUCAAAUCAAAAGUGAUACCAUAAAUCUUUAUGUAACACGAUGGUAGGAUUAUUAAAAUUACUUGUAUAUGCAUGAACUCUCUGUAAACACACACAAACACACACACACGCGCACGCGUUCACAUAUACAUACAGACA